UCGUGUUGUUCAGCCUCACCAUCUGCGCACUUGCAGCGUUUUAAUUGGUCCCUGCUUGAUGACUCUUAAUUGAUCGCCCUCAUGUUCAGGUGACGCCUCUGUGCGCACGUGAGCAAAAAAGCAUCAACAAUCCGGCGAUGUCGUGCAAACAGAAAAGUGAAACAACUUUGUUUUUAUUAGUGGCAGUUUAUCUUUACACAUUUCGAGUUUGUCAUUCGGUGAGUUUAGGACGGUGGGGGGAUGGUUUCAGUGCUUCUCAAGGUGAAGCGUCAACAGCUACGAGGGAAAAGAUUAAACAAGACGACGGCGUCCGGCAGGGAAACUGGCAUUUGGUUGAAAAGGUUAUCCUGAGCACAAAUCUGCGCAAAGCCACCCAGGAGCUUCGGCCUGAAUCUGCUGUCUUUCCCGGGGAGCCACUUCCGUAUCUCAUUGUGCCUAAACUUGAUGAAACUGGCAGCAACUUUGCGGCCAACAGGUCGUCUUGGUCUGUUGGUAAAAUCAGCACGGAACCAGGGUUCUCUGCUCCAGACUCAGGAGACGGAUAUCAAGCAGAUUUUACAGGUUUCCAUGGAGUCCAGGGGAAGGUUUUGGGUCCCUCAUUUGACUCCAGUCCACAUUUCUCUGAGUGGCUGGCAAUGAGACCUUUGGUGCAGUGUGAUGAGAAUGUCAUGACCUUCACUGCCUCGGGACAAGGACUGUCGCACCUGUUAGUGGACAGAGAGGGAGCGUCUCCCAUCUCUCUGUUCCAGUUGCCUCCGUACUGCGGGUAUUCGGUGAGGACAUCAUGGAGUGACCUUGAGAUGAUAGUGCCUUAUGAUGCAUGUUACAUUACACAGGAGAAUGGCAGUUAUGUGUUGCCCAUGUUGUGGGGGGGCAGUCCACUGAAGCUCUCCUGCCCAGUGCAGAUGUCCACACCUGCCCCUUCUUCCUCCUUAUCUGCCCCUUCAGUCUUCUGUUCCCCCUACGGCAUGGCAGUGCAGAUGCAUGGGCAGGAGCAAGACAUAGCACUGCUGGGAGUCGUUGUGAACGGAGGCUGGGGUCCAUUUGUAUCUGAAGAGUGCGCCCACCGUGUCCACUCCCGACCCAGUGAGCUUACCUUCUUCAUCUCCUACAAAGCUGCUUGUAUCACUAGUGGAGAGGGAUUACAUCUCCAACUUCUAUUAGAUGAUCACGAAUACAUCCUCUCCUGUCCAGUCAAUCCUCAGUUUCCGUCCCUCCCAGAUCCUGUUAGCCCUGCACCCACCGCUCCUCCCCCUCCCCCUCCUCAGCCUCCAACCAAGGAGCCGACUGCUCAACUUCUAGACUACCCCUACUACCCAUACCCUGGGCUCCAGUAUCCCCAGCUUCCCCAGCUCUACCCCCCUGGCCCACAACCUGUCCAUCCGCCGAAGCCCACUAAAGGCAGUCCUCCUGGGCCCCAGCCCCAGCAGCAGCAGCAGCAGCAGUCCCUCUACCCCAUGGGACCUGGCAAGUUGCCCUACUCUCUUGGAGAGCACCCAAAAUACCUUUCCCCUCCCUACCAGUCUCCUGUUGUGGUACAAGCUACAUCUGCCCCAAAUCUUAGCCCUCUCAGCCUUUCUCAAUAUCAGUCUGGUCUGUAUUACCCCCACAUGCCGCUCUACUACCCUGCAGUGACACCACCUCCGACCCCUGCAGCUAAAAAAACUAAUACUACUACUGUUCCUCCAGCCACUGACCCACCUAGACCUCCAGCAAAUCCGUAUGACCUUCAGUAUUACUUUCAGAUGCCGUACUAUCCUGCACCCUCUGCAGCACCAAUGACCCAAGCAUCUGCUCCUCUCCCUCCCAGCCCGCCUCAUCCUCUUCCUCCCCCCGCUCCACCAAAACAACCUGAGGAUCCACAGUACAAAGUUGGUCCAUUUUAUCCACACAGUCUUUACAGCUCUUACUAUCCUUAUGGACCAAUUAAUUACCCAAAACUUGGUCUUGAGUUUCCUUUUUACCCCCAAAUACCCGCUUACUUCCAUCAUCCCACACCUCUGCCGCCUGGCAAAGAGAUGUCUCAAGCCAUUCCUCAGGAACCUCAGAAACCAGCUGCUCCACAAGCCAACUGCCCGCCUUACACUAACACCCUUUGUAGCUACUACUCUUACCCCUAUUAUCCAUAUUAUCAUCCUUUUUACCAACCACACUACCAUCCACAUUACCCUCCUGUGCCACAGUAUCCAGAGAUUCAACCACCAAUGGCCACAAAAAAGCCUGUCACCACCACCACUACUACUCUGACUCCCACAACCGCAAGUACGACUGUGUCCGCACCAACUGAACCCACUCCACAGAUGCUGCAUCUCAAGUGUCUGAUGGGGAGGAUGGUUGUCUUCCUGCCUUUUGCUCACCCAGACUCCAUCCAGGUCAGAGACCAAAUGAAGGCAUGGCUGUUCCUCUCCAGUGUGUCCCCACUGUGCGGGUACAUGCUGCAGAUGGCUGAGGGCUCUGGGGUAAUCCUUCACUCUCCUCUGCCUGCCUGCCACAGCCAGUCACGGACUCCCACAACCAUUUCCUUACCUCUCAGGUUUUGGGAUCUGUCCAUGGCACGGUAUAGGACUCUGGAACUGCAAUGCCCUUAUGAAAGUAUCCCUGUAACCCCUCCACCAGUUACCCCACCUGUCUCCCCUACCCCGCCCAGCACCACCCUCUCUCCUGUGCUGAAGCCGAGAGUCAUCUGCUCCUCCCAUCAGAUGACUGUGGAGCUCCCCUCUGGUUCCACCUCUGGAAUUCUUCUUAAAGACAUCAAAGGGAACUGGAUGAACCUCCAGGAUGCCCCAAAGCACUGUGGGUAUUCUGCAAGCAAAGGCAAAAAUGGCAAAAUCCAUUUGAGUCUCCAGUUACACUCACGCUGCCACAUGAGCGUGCAGGGUAAAAUGUACAUCAUCACUGUUGUCUACAUGACAGUAGAUGGGAGAAGGGAGGCUCAGUUUUCUUGUCCGAUUGGCAUCCCAGGGCCCGGAAAAGAGUGCAACCUUCCCAGCGAACAGCGUCUCCCCUGCGGACCCGCGUCUGUAUCCCAGCCACAGUGCCUCUCCAUGGGCUGCUGCUUCAGCAAGCACCCCCCUGCCUGCUACUACCCCAUGGAUGAGUGCACUAUUGACCGCCACUUUGUCUUCUCCGUGCCUGCCUCCCUCACCGAGCCCCCUCUUUCCCCUGCCCUGCUCGUCGCUGCCAGCAACUCCACCUGCAGACCUCAGAGAGUGACUUCUGACUAUGCUUUGUUCAAGAUCCCAAUGGAUGGCUGCGGGGCACGCAGAGUGAGGGUGGGGAAAGUGGUGAUCUACAUGGUGGAGAUCAUUAACAAGGUUCAGGCAAUCAGCCUCAACUAUGGCACCAUCACAAGAGAUUCUCCAGUCAGGUUGUUGGUGGAGUGCCGGUUUCAGCCGGGCACUGUCCUGACUGUGAGCUACCUGGUGAAAACGCCCACCCUUGGCCCUGAGGUUCAUACCCAGGGAAUGUUUGGAGUCCAGCUCAGAAUUGCCAAAGAUUCUCAGUACAACAGCUAUCACCCUCAGUAUCACCAGCCCCUGCAGAUGCUGCUGGGGAAACCCCUCUACCUGGAAGUGCGGUUGCUUAACGCCCCAGAUCCCAGUUUGGUGCUGCUGGUGCACUUCUGUGUGGCCUACCCCCGCUCAGGAAAAUCUGUGUGGGUGCUGCUUUACAACGGAUGUCCCAACCCCUUGGACCCAGCCCCGCAGCAGGCUGUGGUGUCUGAUCCACGACCACCCUUUCCUCAGGGUCAGACCCGCCGCUUCACCAUCAGCACCUUCCAGUUCCUUCCUGAUGGUGAGUUCAAGGACCCAGAAGAAGAGAUCUACUUCAUGUGCUCAACUGAAAUCUGCUCACCACGUGACGGACCUUGUGUCGAAGGAUGCUUUGGCCAAUGACGUUAUGACUCGGAUAAUGCUUGAAGUUGGUUGACACGAAGGUGAUGGUUAUGAUGAUGAUCUGGUAAGCAAUGCUAGAAUUGUGUUGAGCUCCUGUUUAAAAUACACCAGUGUUAUAUUUCCGUACUGACCAUAUCUUGACUGGCCUCCUCUUUUUCAGACCUCAGACAUCACUCAUUUAAACUGGGAAUAAAAGCUCUUAAAGGACA